CUGGAGCCGUCGCCUGCGGAUAAUCCCCGAGUCGUCCAUCUCCCCCAGCGAGCAGGCCCCGGGCGCCCCCGAGCCGGUGCCAUGAGUGGCGGGGGCAGCGUGUGGGCGCUGGCCAUCGGCUGGGUGCUGGCCGUGCUGUGCAGAGGCGCCGGGGGGCUGGACAGCCGCUGCCUGGCUGGAGGGAAGCAUAAGGUGGCACCGAGCCCCGAGGGGCACCUGGGCGUUUGCCAGCUCUACGCCGCCAACGCCUGCUGCUCCCCCAAUGUGGCCCAGGAGAUCUCCAGCGCCCCACUCGCCAAGGUCAACGACAGCUACUGGAAUCGCUGCGGGAGCCUCAGCCCCAGGUGUGAGAACUACCUGCAGCGGGUUGAAUGCUUCUACCGCUGCUCCCCCAGCGCCGCCCGCUGGCCCCACCCCCAGCGCCCCACAGCCGUCCUGGAGGUGCCCCUCUGCCUGAGCUUCUGUGAGGCCUGGUAUGAAGCCUGCAAGGAUGACCUGACUUGUGCUCGCAACUGGCUGAGUGACUGGCAGUGGGGUCCCCAGGGGAACAACUGCAGCCAGGACUGUGUGUCCUACAGCCAGCUGUACCGGGACGGCAGGGAGCUCUGCGAGAACAUCUGGGGCGACGCCUUCGUGGCCGCCCGGGAGCCCUGCCCCUGCCUCAGCCUGGCCGGCUCCGAUGCCGACCCGGUGCCCGAGGACGGGGACAGCUCGGAGGAGCCCGACUCCACCAAAGCCGGCAGCCCCCGGGGGCCCUGCCCGGCCAGCAGCCUCCUCCGGCGCGGCCUGCGCAAGCGCUCCGUCUUCAUGGAGGACAUGGAGGGGAGCGGGAGCGGGUUCUAAACCCGCCGGCCCCUCCCCGCAGCUCCCCCACUCCCUAGGAGAGCCCCUCCCACACCGCUCGCCCCAGGGGAGGGGGGCGGGAAAUGCUUGUAAUCUAUGCAACCCCCCCAGCCCUGUGAUCGUCCCCCCACACACACCGUGACUGCUUCUCUGGCCCCUCCUGCACCCCAUCCAGCCACCUACUGGGGCAGGACCCACACAGCCCUCCUCCCCCCACAGCCAUAGGGCCUAGCUCAAAGGGGUGUUAGCUUCCCCGUCCCCUAGCACCCAGCUUCCCAGGGAGGGAGUUCCCACUCACAACCAGCUCCCCCCCCCCGCCCCGGUCACAUACGCCUGCAGGGAUGCAGCUGUCUCAUCCUCUUGCUAUACUGCAGAGGGGGAAACUGAGGCACAGAGAGGCGCUGCCUGAGAGAAGCUUAGUGUAGUUCAGUAGCUCGGCUCUAAAUCCUCCCCUGCUCUAACCACUAGUUUACCUUACUAGCCGGGGAUGGAACCCAGGAGUCCUGCCUCCCAACACCCCCACCCCAUUCCCAUAGCCUGGGACAGAACCCAGGAAUCUUGCCUCCCUGCUCUAACCACUAGACAAUACUGCCCUCGCGAGAGCCCCACCCCUAGGCACGGGCUUUGUAGCGCAGACACCGGCUAAGCCACCGGGAGGCACUGCAGGCCAGGACCUCGAGUGGCUGCUGGCCAAAGCCUCAGGGCAGGGGAGGAUGCUGCACCACCUGGCCCCCCACGCUGGUGCCAGGUUGGCACCCCCCACCGACGGGGAUUGACCCCUUGACACAGAGGAGGAGCUGAUGAUAAGCCAGGUCCAUUUGCUUCAUGCUGGACCAACUCCUAGACUGCCCUACGAGGGUCAGCCAGCAGGGGGUGCUCUCCCCACCAGUCACUGCUGAAUUUAGCUGUGCAGGGCGAUGGCACGCCAGGGCCAACCCAGGCCAGCGCUAGGGCUGCAAGGUGGGGGCUCUCCUCCGGGCCCCAGCAUGGCAGCAGGGGGCGCCGUGCAGCACAGGAGGCAGAUCGACGGGGCGAACAUUGGACACCGAUUCCAAACCGCAAGAGCCCCGGGACUCUAAGCAAGGAUCUGCCCCCCCCCCCGGCGGGGGGAGAAGGGGAAUCAGAGGUGCAGGGGGAAGAUCGUGCCAGUCUUUCAAGCCAGCACCCCUCAAAGCAGCCCCCUGAAACGUCCCCUGCCUGUACUCAACCCCUUGCUCUGAGCGUCAGUUCCCACGGGGCCACCCCGCCCGUUACGUGCCCAUUGGGGAUUACGAGGGGAAAACGCUGUUCGAAAAGCAGACGAUACUGGGGAAAGAAAUAAACGAAAAUAAAA